AAAAAAGAUGUCAUUAAAACCAUUUACAUAUCCACUGCCUGAAACAAGGUUUCUUCACGCGGGCAGACUUGUGUAUAAGUUUAAAAUCCGGUAUGGCAACUUCAACAGUGCUGAUGAUCUCAAUAAUACUGAAAGUACUGUCAAGGAGUUAGAGGAAGCAAUUCGAGUAAUCCUUGGAAAUCUUGAUGAUUUGCAUCCGUUUUCUACGGAACACUUCACUAUCUUUCCCUAUUUAAGUAAAUGGGAGCGCAUAUCAAAAAUGAGAUUCAAACAUGGGGAUGUACAUCUUCUGCCUUAUCCCUACAUUUGCACUAUGUAUCUAGAACUCAAUUCAUUUCAGCAAAACAUAUCUUUUGGUAAAGAAGUACACAAGGGAAGUUCCAAGCUUGUCAAGGAAAGAAAUGAAAGGUCAAAAAGUACUGAAACAGAAGGAACAGUGAAGAGGAGAAGAGUGGAAGAUGAAGCAGAGACUCCAUACCCAGAGUCAAAUAUGGACAGAACGGGAGCUGGGUGUGUUCACAGCAUGAGUAAAGCAGAACAUGGAUUUGAAAUGAAUUGCUCCAAAGAAAUUCAGUGUGAAUAUUGUCCGGCAUCUCUUACUGAGGGCUGUAACCCUAGGAAUUCAGGGGGACCUGUGGAAUGUAACACUGAAAAAAAUACAGAAACCAGUCAGGCUGAAGGUGAAAUGCAGCUACCACAGCAAAUGGAUCAAGUCAGAAACAAAGGAAAUACAGAGUUAAAAGGAAGAAGUUUCUCAGAGUUCUGGAGAAGCAUACUCAUUUCUCCAUUGCAGCAUCUUUUUGGUGGAAAUAACUGACCCUUCAAGUAUUAAUUGUUGUGGAAAGGUAAACUUGUAGCGUGUACGUCAGGUUGUGUUGUUUCCUUUUGUAAUUCAGCUUUUCACAUUGCUUGUCUCAGCUAUUAAAUGCAAUUUACUUUGUUUACAUUUUCAAAUUAACAUACUGAAGAUGUUGGGUUAGAAAUAGUAUGAUUUUUGCCUUCACAAACUAGAGUUUUUGAAAAAAGAGUAAAAAGUGUUGCAAUUUUGAUCUUUAAAUGUGAUAAACGGAAUUUUACAUUUUAAAAUCAUUAUAUGAGAUUCUAAUAAAACAGACAUCAACUUGGAA